CCAAACAUUUCCUCGUUUGGUUGCGGCUGUCCUCUCUCCUUCUCUCGUCGUGUUGCCUUCCCCUUCUCUCCCAGUUAGAGCCUCACGUCACAUAACUUGAAACCAACUCUCGUAAUUAGCACUUCUCUGAGAAUCACGAAAGCGGAAAGCUCGAGAGAGAGAGAGAGAGAGAGAAAGAACCGAUGGCUCUGAGUCUGAAUUCGAUGCUGACCUUCCCGUCUCACAACCUCACUGCCAAGUCCCACAAUCUCAAAUCUCCCAAAAUCUUCAUGGCCUCCACUCUUCACUCCUCCACCAAAGAGACUGAGAAUCUGAAGAAGUCUUUUGGACCUCCACGUGAGCUACAUGUUCAGGUGACUCAUUCAAUGCCUCCUCAACAGAUUGAGAUCUUCAAGUCAUUAGAGGGUUGGGCUGAGAAUAACAUCUUGGUGCACCUAAAGCCUGUUGAGAAAUGUUGGCAACCACAAGAUUUUCUUCCGAUCCCUGAGUCAGAUGGAUUCGAGGAGCAAGUUAAGGAGUUGAGGGAAAGAGCAAGGGAAAUUCCUGAUGAUUACUUUGUUGUGUUGGUUGGAGAUAUGAUCACAGAAGAAGCCCUUCCAACGUACCAGACAAUGCUUAAUACCCUAGACGGAGUUCGGGAUGAGACUGGUGCAAGCCUUACUUCCUGGGCUAUUUGGACCAGGGCGUGGACUGCUGAAGAGAAUAGGCAUGGUGAUCUUCUUAACAAGUAUCUUUAUCUCUCUGGACGAGUAGAUAUGAGACAAAUCGAGAAGACAAUUCAGUACCUUAUUGGAUCUGGAAUGGAUCCUAAAACAGAGAACAAUCCCUACCUCGGGUUCAUUUACACUUCAUUCCAAGAGAGGGCAACAUUCAUCUCCCAUGGGAACACAGCCAGGCAAGCCAAAGAGCAUGGGGACUUGAAAUUGGCUCAGAUAUGUGGCACCAUUGCCUCGGAUGAAAAGCGUCAUGAAACUGCGUAUACCAAGAUUGUGGAAAAGCUGUUUGAGAUUGAUCCAGAUGGCACUGUGUUGGCCUUAGCUGACAUGAUGAAGAAAAAGAUAUCAAUGCCUGCCCACUUGAUGUACGAUGGUCAGGAUGAUAAUCUGUUUGAUCAUUUCUCAGCUGUUGCCCAGAGGCUUGAGGUGUAUACUGCCAGGGAUUAUGCUGAUAUAUUGGAGUUUUUGGUUGGAAGAUGGAGCGUGGAGAAGUUGACUGGUCUUUCUGGUGAGGGACGCAAGGCACAAGAUUUUGUGUGUAAAUUGCCACCGAGAAUCAGGAGGUUGGAGGAAAGAGCACAGGGAAGGGCCAAGGCUUCAUCCCUUGUUCCAUUCAGCUGGAUUUUUGGUAGAGAAGUGAAGGUUUAAUUGGGCGGUAGUUGAGUGCAUUGUGCACAUUCCCCCUGCGCCCAGCCACCCACCCAACCUAUCCAUGUCCUAUUGUGUCUAGCAGAGAGUAAUUUCGGUAGGGCUUGUCGUCGUGCCUUUUCAGAGGGUUGGGAAGUUUAGAAGAAUGUGGGAUGGAGGAGGAGUAAACUUUUGUUGAUGCACUGUUUUGUUUUUCUUUCUUGUAUUGGCACUGACUAGUAUUUUGUUUAAUCUGUCAACCUAGAAACUAGAAAGAAAAAAAAAGAGAGUAAGAAUUGUGUUGGUUUCGUAUUCCCUUUAGAAUGAAUGUGUGUGUUGUUUAUGAGUA